GUGUGUGUGUGUCUGUCUGUGUGUCUCUGCUGCUGCGUGCGUGCCGAUCUGUAUUUUGAUUGACGCGUUGUGUGUCUCGCUAAAAAACUAUCGUACGCGUGUAAUUGUCGAUAUAAUGCCGACGUAACGGGAACGCGUGGUGAUGUGUAAACGCGUUGCCUGACAAGUGUCGCGACGUGCGCGUGUCGAGAGGGAAUCGCGGGACAAACGCAUUCCUCGAAACGAGCCGUUUCCUUCGUUUUCGUCUCGAAUCGACAGUGAUCUCUCGGUGAAAGAGAUUGUGUCUUUGCGAGGGGGAAGAAUUCGUCGUUGCACGUUGCACGGUUACACACGUGCAUUCUCGAUAAUUUGGAUCUCGUCUGCCGACGAGUGGUCAUCAGCCAGUGAAGGAGAAGGAGACAGCGGCGGCGUUGCGCGCAUUCACCGAACCCGCUUUUGCAUCGCAGAUGAUGCAAACCGGCAAUAUGCAACAAUCGUCGGACGGGUUGAAUCUCGACCCAGGAGGAUAUCAACAGCCGCCCCUCUACCUGCAGCAGGAGCACACGAUGCAACAGCCGAUCAGCGUCGGCUCGACGUACAAUAGCUCGCAAGGUUCGUACGCGAGCAUGAAUUCACCGAGGCAGCAGCAGCAACAGCAGCAGCAGCAGCAGCACGGCAGUCAACAAAUAAUGUUGAUUCAACAACAACAACAACAACAGCAGCAACAGCAGCAACAGCAGCAGCAGCAGCAGCAACAGGCGCAGUUGCAGCAGCAUAUGCAGUACAUGCACAGUCAACAGCAACAACAGCUGCAGCAACAAAUGCAGUAUAGAAGUCCAACGGGUGGUAGUCCGUCGGCGAUACAAUCGAGCGCGAUCAUCCCCGAGGCAAACAACAACAACACCACCACCAGCGAGGACAGCGACGACAGUACGCCGCAUUCCGGAAUGACCUGUUUCGGCGUAUGCCCUGUUCUUCAGGGAUACUCAGGCCGCGAUAAAAGGACAAAAUCCAAAUGCGAGUUUCGGCGAAGUCUCCAAGAUCGUAGCUUCGAUUCGCAGCAGCAACAGCAAUCGCCGCAACAGCAGCAAGUUCAAUACACGGCGUACGGCAGUUACGCCGGGAAUGCAACGCCGGGAAACGUUUCGUAUCAGGUUUAUAGCCCGCAACCUCAACCUUCUUCGCCUCAACAACACGCGCAUCCUCAUCCGCAUCAGCAGCAACUACAUCAUCAGCAAUCCACGCAACAGAUGCAAAUGAAAAAGUCUCCUCACCACUUGACCAUGCAAGGAAACCCGCAACAGCAACAAACGCCACAGAUACCGCAACAGCAAGUACAGCAAUCUCAACAUCAUCAACAGUCGCAGCAACAGCAACAGCAACAGCAAAUGAUGCACACGAAUCCGUCGAAGAGCGACUCGUUGUCGAGUUCUCCGGCAACGGUGAACUCUGUGAGUCAAGCUGCCGGCAUUGCUGGUCAGAGGUCGACGUCGAACGCUUGCAUACGUCACGGAUGCCCGAAUCCCGCUGUGGCGAACAGCGAAUGGGAAGACGAGUAUUGCAGCAACGAGUGCGUGGUCAGCCACUGCAGGGACGUGUUCACCACCUGGGUAUCCUCGAAUCAAAAUCCACAGCAAAACUUCUCGACCGUGAAAUAA